GUAUGCAAUCCGCGUUCCAGGCUCGAUGAGUGUUGAGAGGGCCUCGAUUGAACUACGGUGGGUUUUUCUGCGAAAACAUUAGCGCCGAGAUAAAUGUAUCGCCGAAACAACGAACUAAGUUCGGAACGACAGUGUUACACACAACGUAUAUAGACGUGUUCUUAAUCGUAUAUAACGCGAGGGCAAUAAAAACGGAUAAUACAGGUGGAACAAAAUAACGACGUCUGUAGGGAUUGGCCAUCUUGGAAAGAUAUGUCGUAUCGGUUAAAACGUCAACAAUAUAGUGUGUAUUGUUCGAUACAUGCCGCCAGCUUGCUUUAACUACGGUUGACUACACGCCUAAUCGGAAGUAAAGGCGACACGGUGGCGUAUUUGACACGCGGACGUAAUUGUAAAAGAAGCACAGCUUCAUCAAAUGAUGAAUCGCACUGACGGAUUGGUACAACGACGACGUGUGGUUAAUAGCAGUAGUGGCAGUAGUCUGGGCCAGGAUGGCUCGAACGAUGUUGGCCACAAUGAUAAACUAUCUGGCCAUGGCAUGGACACGGACUGUUCCAUGCAAAAAGAUCUAAAUUCGAAUCCCACGAUCGACGACGAUUCUGAUAAAGAAACAAGAUUAACACUUAUGGAAGAAGUUCUAUUACUUGGCUUGAAGGAUAAGGAGGGUUAUACUUCAUUCUGGAAUGACUGCAUAAGUUCUGGUUUACGUGGUUGUAUUUUGGCAGAACUUGGGUUUCGUGGACGGGUAGAGUUAGAAAAAGCUGGAAUGCGCAAAAAGGGAUUGUUGGUGAGGAAACUUCUCUUGAAAAAUGAUGCUCCUACAGGAGAUGUAUUAUUAGAUGAAGCUCUAAAACAUUUAAAAGAAACUGAUCCACCUGAAACUGUUCCUAGUUGGAUUGAAUACCUAAGUGGAGAAACAUGGAAUCCACUCAAAUUAAGAUAUCAGUUAAAGAAUGUUAGAGAAAGAUUAGCAAAAAAUCUUGUUGAAAAAGGAGUGUUAACAACAGAAAAACAGAAUUUCUUACUCUUUGAUAUGACAACUCAUCCUCUCACUGAUAACCUUGCCAAAAGUCGUCUUGUAAAAAAGAUUCAAGAAGCUGUAUUAAGUCGUUGGGUUAAUGAUGCUGGUCGUAUGGAUAGGCGAACUCUAGCUUUAGUAAUUCUAGCUCAUGCAGCUGAUGUAUUAGAAAAUGCAUUUGCACCACUUUCCGACGACGAUUACGAAGUAGCAAUGCGACGAGUACGGACAUUAUUGGAUCUUGACUUUGAAGCUGAAGCUGCUAAACCUAAUGCUAAUCCAGUCCUUUGGGCUGUAUUUGCUGCAUUCACUAAGUAACAGUCCUUUCACAAAGUACAAGUGUAUAAAGCAAAUACUGGGUAUUAGUGUGAAUACUUGGGACUAUCAAUUUUGCAUGAAUUUUAGUUGCAAUCUGAAAUGGAAUAGCUGCAAUCAUUGUUAAUGAUCAUACAAUUCAGACCAAAUACCUUGAACCCGACUGUGUAAAGCAGAUUUAGAAUGUUAGUCAUUUCCAUUAUUGUUAUUUAAUACAUUUG